AUUUCAGGUGUGAGCUCGAGAAAUAAAGAUGGUGAAAGUGACUAUGAUUGCUCGUGUUACUGAUGGCCUUCCUCUAGCAGAGGGGUUGGAUGAUGGCCGUGAUGUCCCAGAUUCCGAUUUUUACAAGCAGCAAGUGAAGUCUUUGUUCAAGAACCUCUCAAGGGGUCAGAACGAGCCUUCGAGAAUGUCGGUUGAAACAGGGCCAUACAUAUUCCAUGUACUUCCUGCUGCUAAAUACAACACGAGAUUAAUGACAUUCAAGCUAAGUCUUUGUGACGAACAUGUGUUUCAUACCUCAUUUGGGCGCGUGUGCUACUUGACAAUGUGCGAUCGUGCUUAUCCGAAGAAGCUCGCCUUUCAGUAUUUGGAAGACCUAAAGAAUGAAUUCGAACGAGCAUAUGGAAAUCAAAUUGAAACUGCUGCAAGACCUUAUGCUUUUAUCAAAUUUGAUACAUUUAUACAGAAGACAAAAAAAUUGUACCAGGACACAAGGACUCAACGGAAUAUUUCAAAGCUGAACGAUGAAUUGUAUGAAGUUCACCAGAUAAUGACUCGCAAUGUACAAGAAGUUCUUGGCGUCGGUGAAAAGUUGGACCAUGUCUCCCAGAUGUCCAGUCGCUUGACAUCUGAAUCUCGCAUAUAUGCAGAUAAGGCAAAAGACUUGAACCGGCAGGCUUUGAUUCGGAAAUGGGCACCAGUAGCUGUUGUGCUAGGAGUUGUUUUCCUCCUCUUCUGGGUGAAAAACAAAUUGUGGUGAACUUGCACUGUGCACCCCUUUUGCGGAUAAUGAAAUGUUACCUUCUUAGUAAAACAUUUUGCAGAUUUCAUAUUGCAAUUCAUCUUUUUUAUAUAUUCGGAAGCUUUUGAAGAGAACUAGUUCUGUUUUUUUUUACUGUGAGGCGCAUCGCUUUAGAACAUGUUGUGAAAAUAGAGAUUCUUUUAUGUAAGAGACCAUUUGUUUAGCAACCUCAAGAUCAAUUAUCUUAAGGGAAAGCCAGGAACGAGAACAAGAACAAGAAGA